GACUGAAAAUAUUUCUCAUGUCACUCACACAAAGAAGUUGAAGACAAGAUGUGGAAAUUGCAGCUUUCCAUCUUUGCAAUUUGUUUUGCAGGAUCCCUUCAACAAGAUACAACAACGGAUGUAACCGAAACUAAUGAUGGAAUUUUACCUGAUAGGGCAAACAGGGUAGAAGACAUAUAUCUACGUUUUUAUAAUGGAAGCACGGUGGAAGAUUACGUGGACUUCCCUCUCAGUCAGGCCAGCCGUCUGUUCGACAUCAAGGGCUUCGACAAGAGCAAUCCGACGGUACUCUACAUACAUGGAUUCAUUGAGACGCCCCAGAAGGAGAGUGUCCAGGUCAUGGUGAGCUCGUACCUGGAAUCCAGGCCGGGCACUAAUGUCGUGCUGUUGGACUGGUCGAACAUGUCCCACGGCUCAUACCUAGUCAACGCUGCGAGGAAUACUAAAAAGGUGGGUCAAGUAACAGCGGAGCAAAUAAACAAACUGAUAGAAGGAGGGGUUCCUCGGGAAAAGGUGCAUCUCAUAGGACACUCCCUCGGCAGCCACGUCGCCGGCUAUAUCGCUAGAGAUCUGAAGAACAAACACAAUAAGACUGUCAAACGUUUAACCGCGCUAGACCCGGCUUUCCCUGCGUUCUACCCCGACGGCGUGGUGAUGGAACACGUGUCUGCGAAAGAUGCCGAGUUUGUUGACGUCAUCCACACUGACGCCGGCGGGUACGGCGCGCCAGUCCGUACAGGCACCGUGGACUUUUGGCCCAACGGUGGGAAGAGCAUCCAGCCCGGAUGCCCACGCUUCGCCCCCAUCCCACUCUCCGAUGACAAUUUGUGUAGUCAUUGGCGAUCGUGGAGAUUCUAUGCAGAGUCUGUGAAGACCCCUGAGGCUUUCCCGGCAUCUCCGGCGGAGUCCUAUGGCAAAUUCAGAGAAAACCCCACCCCGGAGAGCGGCAUGAUCUACAUGGGCUUCAACUGUGAUACUAGUGCCGAAGGAUCAUAUUACUUAACGACAAACGCUCAAUCACCUUUUGGAAAGGGCAUUGAUGGACUUUACCCGAAGAGUAAAAAAAAAUAAAACAAAUUAUUCGUAAGCUUAUACGUAUAUUAGGGUGAAAUAAAUAUUAAAGAAACACAGGUAGCCACAAAUGUAUGUAAUGGAAAUUACUUACAACACAUUCGUAGUUUUGAAAUUACCAUUCCUUGAGUUUUUUUUUAUUUAUAAAAUUAUACAAUGAUCUGUAUCUACCUAUGUUUUAUAUCGUCUUAUUAAUACUAUUCAAUAACUACCUACUCGUACGUCAUCGUCCAUUCAAAAUAAAUUACAAAGUUAUGUCCAUAUAUUUACUUAUCUACAAGUUUCCUAAGACUAAUUUGUCGAUUUUUAACUAAUGUGACUUUAGGCACUAAAUGCAAAAUUUUACGUAAUAAAUACUUACCUAUGGAAAAUUAUGACGACAAGUGAAAGAAAUGUUCAUUUAUCUGUUUCAUUAUUUAUCACCAAAAGUAAUUAUAUUUUUACAACCAUAUCCGUGGAGGCAAUCGAAAGAAGAGAUUUUACAUAUCGCAAACAGACUUUACACGAUUUUAGAAGAUUUUACAAUAAAAUUUACAAGUUGAGAUUGUUAAAUAUUCGCAACAUUUUUCUUAACGUCCUGUCAUCCUUGUAUUUCAUUUUAAAAUCAGGAAUUUGUCAUAAAAUUAAUUAGCAAGUAUUAUAACUUAAGCUAAACCCUUGCCUUACAUAGAAUGUAUUGAUAACGCACAAUAUAAUGUGUAAGUAUUGAGUUAUAUAAUGUAUAGACGCAACUGGGUAGAAUAUGUAUGAUUGUUUGUAGUAGUAGAAUAAAGUCAAAUAGUUUAGCUCUACAUUAAUCAAACUACAAUUCUAUAUGUCGGACAAAGUCUUGUGUACUAUAAAGUAGCAGAAAUAUAAAACAAAAAAAUAAUAAAAAUUAAGUAUAUUGUAUAGAAGACCUUUGUAACUUACAGUUUUCAUUUGUCAAAAAGAGUUAAUAUAGUUAUUAUUAUUGGCUUAUAUAUGCAAUUAUUAUUGGGCGGAAGGCAAGAGGGAAACCACUGUACUAUAUUUCCCUAAGAAAGCAGCACCGACAAGAGCGUGGCUCUUAAAUUAAUGAUUAUGAUAAUUCAUCAUCACCAGCCCAUUAACUUCCCCACUGCUGGGGCACGGGCCUUCCCUAUGGAUGGAUAGGGAGAUCGGGCCUUAGACCACCACGCGGGGCCAGUGCGGAUUGGUGGUUAUCAACGAAUGCUAAUGCAGCCAACCAACAGCUUAACGUGCCUUCCGAAGCACGGAGGAGCUCGAGAUGAAAACUUUUGUUUUGUGGUCACCCAUCCUAUGACCGGCCAUUGCGAAAGUUGCUUAACUUCAGCAAUCGCAGACCGAGCGCGUUAACCGCUGAGCCACCAAGGUCCUCAAUUAUGAUAAUUAUUACGAUCUAAUUAAUAAUUACUUUGAUGUAUGAACUGAACAACACAGAGAACAGUCCAAAAAAGGCAAUACAAAUAUUAAAGUUCUUACUGGUGUUCACGGAUCAUAUUAGAAAUAUUGACCACAAAAUUAUAUUUUUGCAAACAAAUCGGUGGGUUGAUCCCCUGAAAUUUAUCCCCUCAAAAGUUUAACUUUCACACGUCCUCUGUUCUAUUAUCUUUUUUAAAAUCAUUUAUUUUUAAAUUCACUCUAUUAAUUUAAAGAUGUCCUUCAAAAAAAAAUUAAUAUUGAUUAAACUGGAAACCAAUGGGCACCUAUUACAUGCCGAAAGUACUAUUUUUAUUUGUUGUAUCAAUGUUACGGCACCAGUGGGUAGUAACCCCAAAUCCACUCAUCACUUUUGAUGUAACUAUUUGUAUAUUUCGUUAGAACGGCGUUCAAACUUAGCCAGAAUCGUAUUAUCACAAUGAAACACACAAUAUUGUAUUGUUAUUUUAGACUAUUGUCUAAAUGUUUGGCAUUCCUUCAAUGAGGGAUUUUCCAGGCUAUGUUCCUUAAAAACAAAUUUAGAUGGCGCUGUAAAGAUAUUCCUUCGGUUAUCCUUCGAAUUUCGUGGAUAACAGACAUAUGCAUCUUUUUUUUGGGUAUUAAUAUGACCCUUUUUAUUACACCUAGGCACAAUUACAUCUUUAAAUAAAGAGAAGCAACAUAAUUCUGUACAUAAUGUUAUAUAUAACUUCAUAAUAUGAUCGAAAUAUCAAGCUAUAAUUGGUUAUAUAUAUAUACAAUACAAUAUAUUAUGCUUCUGCCAUUACAUUGUAGUUUUGAAUAAUUAUGUACCCGAGUUAUGAGAAAAUAGGUAAUUAUCACGUUAUAUCUCGACAACGCCAUAUAUAUUAUUUUCGCGGAAUGUAGCCCGGACAGGCCUUCAUCGAAAUAAGUAUUUUACUUUUCUCUUAGCUAUCCUAAGGUGACACAUCAUGUAACUAGAUAUUUAGGUACUUAAUGAAGCUUUAAUUUUAUUGGUUUUGUUAAUAAAAUUGAUCAUUAUGACGAAAGGUAUAUUAGAAUAUUAAACACCAGUUGUAACUUGUUCGCUGUUUUAAGUUUAUUUUUUAUUUUGUCAUGCUGCAGGUAAAUAAAGCGAUUUGUGAGAAUAA